AUGUUGAUCGACCACUUUGAGGUCUCCUCACCGAAUGUUAAAUAUACAGCUGACUACAUUGAAAGCUCCUACAACUACCAGGACACCAAGUUAUAUAAAAAUGCGGAAAAAAAUACGUGGUUGGUUGAACCGAUAGAACGUGGGUUUGUAUUCCGCACCCACAGAAAAGUACCUAAACUUGGUAUUAUGCUUAUUGGUUGGGGAGGUAAUAAUGGGUCCACCCUAACAGCUGGUUUGAUUGCUAAUAGAGAAAACAUGAAAUGGGAAACGAAGGAUGGGUUUCAUUCCCCAAACUAUUGGGGAAGCCUUACACAAUCUUCCACUUGCCAAAUUGGUAAACUCAAUGGACAAGAUUAUCAUGUUCCUUUCAAGAAUAUUUUACCGAUGGUUGAACCAAAUGACUUACAAAUUGAUGGAUGGGAUAUAUCUUCGUUAAGUCUAGAAAAGUGUGUUCAACGCGCCAGAGUUCUGGAUCUAGAUUUACAACAGCAGUUAGUACCAUAUCUAAAAGACUUGCGACCCCGUCCAAGUAUAUUUGAUCCAGGCUUCGUUGCUGCAAAUCAGAAAGAACGAGCAGAUAAUAUUAUAGAAGGGGAAAAGCAAAAUCAGAUGGAACAAAUUAGAGCUGAUAUACGUGAUUUUAAAGAGAAGAGUGGUGUUGAAAAAGUAGUCGUGAUGUGGACGGCAAACACUGAAAGAUAUUGUAAAGUUGAAGUCGGAAUCCAUGAUACUGAGAAAAAUUUGAGAGCUGCCAUAAGAGCUGGAAAUCCUGAAAUCAGUCCAAGUACGCUAUAUGCCCUUGCCUGCCUCGACGAGGACGUUCCAUUUAUAAAUGGGAGCCCUCAGAAUACAUUUGUUCCGGGUGUCCUCGAAGCUGCUUGCCGUUUGCGUGUCCUUAUCGGAGGUGACGACUUCAAGACAGGUCAAACAAAAAUGAAAAGUGUUCUGGUCGAUUUUUUAAUAGGUGCUGGUAUUAAGCCUUUGAGUAUUGCUUCUUAUAAUCAUUUAGGAAACAAUGAUGGUAAGAAUCUAAUGGAACCUGGAGUAUUUCGGUCGAAAGAAAUUUCAAAAUCGAAUGUAGUAGAUGAUAUUGUUGCCUCAAAUCGAAUAUUGUACAAAGAAGGGGAAAGCCCAAAUCAUGUUGUUGUCAUUAAGUAUGUUCCAAGUGUAGAUGAUAGUAAGCGUGCCAUGGACGAGUAUGUCAGUGAAAUAUUUAUGAACGGCCGGAACACAAUAUCAAUGCAUAACACGUGUGAAGAUUCUCUUCUAGCAGCACCUCUUAUCCUUGAUCUCUGCUUGAUAACUGAGUUGCUUUCUAGAAUUGAACUUAAAUAUGACGAUGAAGAGUCUUUUCGCAAUUUUCAUCCAUGCGCUGCGUUACUCUCAUAUUUAACAAAGUCCCCUUUAGUACCUCCAGGAAUGUCAGUUACAAACGCUCUAUACAAACAACGAGCAAUGUUAGAAAAUGUCUUUCGGGCUGUGGUUGGUCUUGCACCUGUCAGUCACAUGAAUUUGGAUCUCCUCAUUGAGCAAAGUAAUCAGGCCAUUUACUCGCCGAAAUAG